AAAAUAAAGGGAGCUGGCGGCCAUGUCACUGCCUCUAAACUCAAUCGUCACUCAAGGGUUCCACACACAAAGCCACCAUUCACAGUUGGUCAGUUGAAGAAAUCCAUUCCACCACAUUGCUUUGAACGUUCCAUCCUCUUAUCAUUCUCCUACGUAGUUUUUGACCUUUCAAUAGCAUAUGUUCUCUACAUUUCGACUACUUAUUUCCACUCAUUCCCUCACCCUUUUCCCUUCAUCCUUUGGCCUGUCUAUUGGCUUCUCCAAGGUUGCAUUCUCACCGGUGUUUGGGUGAUAGCUCAUGAAUGUGGUCACCAUGCAUUUAGUAACUACCAAUGGCUUGAUGAUCUUGUUGGUUUCAUACUACACACUUCACUUUUAGUUCCAUAUUUCUCAUGGAAAAUCAGUCAUCGCCGACACCAUUCGAACACAGCUUCUCUUGAACGCGACGAAGUUUUUGUUCCAAAACCUAAAUCAAAUGUUGGAUGGUAUAGUAAAUACUUAAACAAUCCACUAGGAAGAGCUUUAACUCUUCUUAUCACGCUCACAUUAGGAUGGCCCUUAUACUUAGCUUUCAAUGUUUUCGGUAGACCUUACGAUCGAUUCGCGAGUCACUAUCACCCUUAUGCUCCAAUAUAUUCUAAGAGGGAAAGACUUCAAGUUUUUGUUUCUAUUGCAGCUGUUUUAGCUGCUACUUAUUUGCUCUACUUUAUUGCAUCUUUAAAAGGGUUUGUUUGGUUGAUAUGUGUGUAUUUUGUGCCAUUGCUUAUUGUGAAUGGUUUUCUUGUAACAAUAACUUAUUUGCAGCAUACACAUUUUUCUUUGCCUCAUUAUGAUUCAAAAGAAUGGGAUUGGUUGAGAGGAGCUUUGGCAACUGUGGAUAGAGAUUAUGGGAUUUUAAUCAAAGUGUUUCAUCACAUCACUGAUACUCAUGUGGCUCAUCAUAUCUUUUCCACAAUGCCACAUUACCAUGCGAUGGAAGCAACCAAAGCAAUGAAGCCUAUAUUGGGUGAGUAUUACCAAUUUGACGAUACACCAUUUUAUAAGGCAUUGUGGAGAGAAGCAAAAGAGUGUCUCUAUGUGGAGCAAGAUGAAGGAACAUCUCAAAAGGGUGUUUAUUGGUACAAAAACAAGUUUUGAUGAAUAAAAAAGCAUGCAUGGAGGACCAUAAAGUGAGAGUUAAAAAUCAUGUUUGUAUUGUAUCACUUAAUUAAAAAUCUAAAUAAAUAAGUGGAUUUAUCCAUGUUAUGAACAAUGUAUUACUUAAUUACUUAAUAGCAUAUGAAUUUUUUUUGCCUGUAGUCAUGGUUAAUGUUAAAAUAAUAGUAUUAGUUGUGUGGUAAGAGUCUUG